UUAAGUAGGCUACAGCAGCGAUAGGCCUAUAUAGCAUUUCCUUGGUUACCGCUGUAAACAAAGCAGGGACGCUUAAACACUAUUUUAAUAAAUAUUUAAUCCCAUCUCUGGCCUCUGUUAACGCCCUUUUUAUAGACUUCGUAAUAUUUCUACAUAUUUCCAGAGUUGAAGCAAUGCAAUAAAAAACCAAGGGCCGCUGUCCCUGCAUGAAUGACAGAGGGGAAAAAAAAAAUUGGCCUAAAUAAAUACAAUUAUAUACUAUGCCAGAUUGCCGGACCAACCCCGCAUGAUCCAGGACCUCUUCCUGUGAAAUGUUUUGCUUGAAAAGUGUAUUUGAGAUCUAUCUUCUUGGGUCAAUACGCAUUUUUAAUUCAAAUGCAUUUGAACUGUUUGAAAAAUAACAAGACUGCCGUGACGUCGGCGGGCCAUUAUGACGCGACAUUCUUUAGAACGUUCGAGUGUCACAGAUAGUUCACUGUUGCAGACAACUGUUCAAAAUUAUACACCUUGUUUUGGAUAACCUUGUUUUGGAUACCAUCAUCACUUAUCCAAGAAUCUAAGCAUGUCAGCCAUGCCUACAGAACCCUUCAUCCCCAUUGAUGAGCACAUUGAGCUCAUUAUAGCGCUCCUCGCAGGGCGUUGGUGGGCGGUAAUGGAGGUUGAAGACCGUUUACGCUCCUCAUCUGAAAAGGGUGAGUGUGAGCUUCUCUUCGGGCCACUGGUGGGGAAUAGUGGAGGAAGCACCUGUGCCCACUGCAUUCCAGGAGGAAGCGCCUGCUCUGGCCAUGACUCCUGAGGGAGCACCCGUGCUAACUGCAUCCCCCGAGGAAGCACCUGCUCUGGCCAGGACCCCUGAGGGAGCACCUGUGCACACUGCGUACCCCGAGGAUGCACCUGCUCUGGCCAGGACCCCUGAGGGAGCAGCACCUGUGCUCACUGCGUCCCCCAUGGAUGCACCUGCUCUGGCCAGGACCCCUGAGGGAGCAGCACCUGUGCUCACUGCGUCCCCUGAGGAAGCACCCGUGCUAACUGCAUCCCCCGAGGAAGCACCUGCUCUGGCCAAGACCCCUGAGGGAGCACCUGUGCUCACUGCGUCCCCCGAGGAUGCACCUGCUCUGGCCAGGACCCCUGAGGGAGCAGCACCUGUGCUCACUGCGUCCCCUGAGGAAGCACCUGUGCUCACUGCGACCCCCGUGGAAGCACCUGCUCUGGCCAGGACCCCUGAGGGAGCAGCACCUGUGCUCACUGCGUCCCCCGAGGAAGCACCUACUCUGGCCAGGACCCCUGAGGGAGCACCUGUUUCUGCUCCAUCCUCCGAGGAAGCACCUGCUUCAGCCAAGGCCCUACUGAGGAGAAAAGUAACAAUCCCUAAAAAUAUGAGGCUGUAUCUGACAAGGGAUGUCAUUUUAACACCUUUGCCCUUAAGGCCUCCAAAGGGACCACCUGCACCAGCCAGGGCCCCAAAAGGAGUACCUGUUCCCUCCGCUUUCCCUGUGGGAGUACCUGUUCCCACUGUGUCCUCUGAGGAAGCACCUGAUCCUGUUAGGUCACCCGAAGGAGCACCUGUUUGUUCCUCAUUCCCCAAAGAAACACGUGCUUCGGACAGGUCUCAUGAAAGAACACCUGUUUGCUCCGCAUGCCCUGAGGGAACACCUUUUCCGGUCAGGUCUCCUGAGGGAGCACCUGUACCUGCCACCUCCUCAGAGGAAGCUACUGCUCCGACCAAGUCCCCUGAGGGGGAACCUGUGCCCACUGCAUCUCCCAAGGAAUCACCUGCUCCAGCCAGGUCCCCUAAAGGAACACUUGGGCCCAACAAGUCCCCUUGGGAAACAGCUGUGCCCAUCAGGUCCCUUAAGAGAGCACCCAAACCCACUGGACCCCAACGGGGAGUACCUUGCAAAAGGCUUUGCCCAUGGAGCACUGGAGCUUUGGACGGUGUAGAUGUGGAUCAGCCACCUUCACUUAAAAAAUGGUGUGUGGAAAAAGGUCCCAUGGCCUCUCCAAGUUCCCAGCACACUCUGAAGAGACUGUGCCCAUGGACCACUGAAGAUGCGGACAACGUAGAUGUGGUUCAGCCUUCUCCACACAAAAAACUAUGUGUGAGAAAAGACCCCAAAGCCUCUGCUAGUUCCCAGCACACUUUGAGUAGAGGCAGUGCCUAAAGAGCGCAUGACCAAAGGACAAUGUACAUCUAUGUCAACGACGUCCACAUAAAAAGCGGAGCAUGCCUAAGGAUAACAUCAAUUCACCCACAAAAUCUCCACUUCAUAAAAGUGUUAUAUUUUUCAUGAGAUCAGCCAAUAGCGGUUUUUA